AUGUGCUUUGAAGCACUUGAUCGGACGCUCAGGGAUCUUAUGUCAGUUACCGAUCAACAUAAGACACAUCAACCAUUUGGUGGUAAGGUUGUUGUUCUAGGAGGUGAUUUCAGACAGAUACUUCCGGUGAUUCCGAAAGGGAGUAGACACGAUAUAUUGACAUUAGCUAUUAACUCAUCCCAUCUGUGGUCAUUUUGUAAGGUUCUGAAACUGCAUACAAACAUGAGGCUUCUAAUGUCUUCUUCAGAUCAAGAUGAAGGUGAAAUGAAGAGAUUUGCUAAUUGGAUACUUGAUGUUAGAAAUGGAAAUAUUAGUUCUGUUGUUGGUGAUGAAUCAGAAAUUGAAAUUCUAGAUGAUCUAUUGAUUACAACUAUUGAUGACCCUCUCUUUCAUUUGGUAGACUUUUCAUAUCCAAAUUUGUUGCAAAACAUGUCAGAUUACAGAUAUUUUCAGAGUAGGGCAAUUCCUGCACCUACGCUUGAGAGUGUCGAGAAGGUAAACGAUUUUGUCUUGACAAUCUUUCUAUGGAUGGAAAAGGAGUAUUUGAGUUCUGACACAAUAUGUCAAGCUGAUGAGAAUGAAGAUGUACAACAAGAGUGGUUCACACCAGAGUUCCUAAAUGACAUACAAAUGUUCAAGACUACCCAAUCACAAGUUGACUUUGAAGUCAGGAGUCGCUGUAAUACUACUGCGAAACAUAGACCAGACUUCAGGUUUAUGCAACGGGACAAGAUUAAUAGUUAA